AUGCAGGCGCAUCAUGUGCAUGUUUGCUUGGUCGUUCUGGUGCUAUUGGCGGGAACUGGGCUCUACUAUCUGGCCAACUCCAUCGACAGGAUUGUGGCCAGCUUGAUCGAAAAAAGUGGAACAUAUGCUCUGGGGACGACGGUUCGCGUAUCGGAUGUUCGCAUAUCGCUCAAGGAAGCCAAAGGCUCGAUUUCCGGUCUGACCGUGGCGAAUCCGAGCGGCUUCAGCGGUGAGGCAAUCUCAUUUCAGGAUAUUGUGAUCAGGAUUGACCCGGCAUCAAUCUUGUCGCGGGAGCCGAUCGUGAUCACCGAGGUGACGGUGCGGUCUCCGUCGGUCAAUCUGGUGCUGGGCGCAAAUGGAUCGACAAAUAUCCAGGCGCUUCUAGCAGAUGAUUCGGGGUCUUCGAGCAAGCCUUCGCCGUCGACGGAUACCUCCGGUGGCUCCUCUUCUCGAUUGCGGAUCAACCGACUUGAGAUCGCCGACACCAGUCUUGCGGCGGAUCUCUCGGCUGUUGGCGGCAAGAACUUCAGCACCACAAUCCCUGCCUUGCGGCAGUCCAAUGUCGGCGGUGGGAGCGGCGCUGCACCGUAUGCGCUCGCGACCACGAUUGCCAAGGUUUAUGUGUCGAAGGUGGGGGAGUCGGUAGCUCUUGCCGAGGCCGAGAAGCAAGUGAACAAACUCGUCGACAAGCAUUUGGGCGGCGACGCCGGAAAGGCGGCCAAGGGACUAUUGGGCAAUAUUCUCGGACAGUAA